UACAACAAAACAACAAAUCAAGUUUAUGUACAAAAUUUAAAUUAAAUUUUUCUAAAUAGUUAAUUAAUCUGGCUUAAGUUCAAGAUUAACAUCAAAUUUAAUAACAAAUCUAUACUAUGGCAUCGCAUUUAAGCACAAGGGAUCGUUUAUUAGCCCUAAUCGAUGAUAUAGAAUUAAUCGCAAAGGAAAUGAUUGAAGUGGCUAUAGCUCCAAAGGCACAAAAAUUAUCAGCUCCGGAUCAUGCACAGUUGACUGAACUGUUACUUUCUAAAGAUGCUGACUUGAAGAAAACGUUGGAACUGGCUGACGAGCAAGCAAAAAUACAGCAGAAAAUGAAUGAACUUAAGGCUGAAGUAGAUAAUAAAGAUCAAGAUAUUCAUCAUCUCCAAAGACAGUUGAAAGAUGCUGAGCAAAUCCUGGCCACAUCUCUAUACCAAGCAAGACAAAAAUUAGCCUCAAUAGUUAAAUCAAGGAAACGACCUGUGCCAUCUGAAGAACUCAUUAAAUUUGCACAUAGGAUAAGUGCAUCGAAUGCUGUCAGUGCACCACUAUCUUGGCAGCCCGGUGAUCCUCGGAGACCGUACCCCACUGAUCUUGAGAUGAGACUGGGGAUGCUAGGUCGCCUCAGUGAUCUACCACUGAACGGGCACACACCAUCUACUCUUAAUGAACUACACAGAAUUACUACGGGAGGAGUCCCAGCAUCCGCAACCAACCAGUUCACAUGGCAUCCCUCUGGAGAGCUACACAUGUCCAUGGGAGGUGGCAAUUCUGUACAAAUAGAUGGACGCAGUAAGGAUGCGCCAGCGCAAGAGGAUGUUGAAGUCAUGUCCACAGACUCCAGCUCUAGUUCAAGUAGUGAUUCACAAUAAUCACCCUUCCUGACAAAUUGUGUAUAUAUUGCAACAAGUCCAUGAAAAUCCUUAGGCCCUUAGGUCUUAUAAAGGACAAAGAUCACAAAAGAUGGACUUUCAAACUACAGGAUGCUCAUUCUCAUUGAUGGGGUUGAUUUUUAAAACAUUUUGUCAGAUAAGCAGAAGGUCAGGUUUGCUUUCACGAAGUACUUUCACAAAGAAAAUAAUAUUUCUAUUGAGAAUUAUACUGUGUUUAUCAAAACCUGUUGAUUAUUGUUUGUCGUCAGCUUUCCUGAUUUCUUGGAAAAUUUUGUCUAGAUCUCAGAAGACUAUUUUCAUCUGCUGGAAUCCUACUGAGACAAUGAGUAGAACUGAAGAAUUACAGUGUUAUAUAAUCGUCCUGGUGUGUAUCUGUCACCCAAAUUCGGUCUUCAGUCGCCUUGUGAUCAGCGCGUUUAAUACAACGUGGAAAUAUAAGAAUUAUAUUAAAUAAUAAAACAAAA